CGAAGCUCCAGCACUUUGCUCGGCAAGCUCCAGAAUGCUCUUGCCGGAACCGGCAGCUCGUCUCUGACUAGUAGCGCCAAGCUAGCUGCGACCCUGCAUAAGCCCUACUUAGCGAAGAUCUUAGACGGUGACGUCACGGUAUUAUACGCUGAUGCACUGGCGCAGCGAAACCACACACCGUGGGGCAACGUUUCGGAGUGUAUUCGGGUACUGGUGUAUUUGGCUGGCAGCGCGGUCAUGGAAUUCGAGAAGAAGCAUGGGUCUAGUAGCGAAGAGGAAGAUGAUGAGGGGCUCAGUGACAUUGAUGAAGAAGACGAUGACGACGACUCUGACGGUGAUGACUCUGACGAAGACAACAACUCGAUAACGAGCAAAAGCAAGGGUAAGAAGAAGAACUUAAAACAGAGAGGUGAUCAACGAGGGUCAUCAGAAUUGGAUUUGAUGUUGAAUAAUGUCCGGUAUAAGUCGCCGAUUCAGUUCUUGAGUGGUUUCCUCGGAGAAACGUCUGGCAGCAAUAACGGACGCUUCCCGUCUGUCGAGGACUUGAUUCCUACGGGCGCGGCAGCCAGCAGAUUCGGCGACGUAGAGGCUCAAUCCGGCAGGGGCAACAACACGCUAGCUUCAGCUCGUUUGUCCGUUAACCAACUCCAGGAAAUCGCGCCAGGCACAGCACUAGUUGCCGGCGUCGCUGCUGGAUUGAAGGUGAAGAAGUCCAGACACUUGCUCAGUCCCGAAGCGAGCAAAAGGCGAACGGGCCUGAAGAAGGGCUCCUUUUUGACUGCGGGGGAACUGCUCAUCAAGGAAGCUGUAGAGAUGGAGGCAAAACGUCAACACGCAAUGGAAGUCCGUAGGGAACAAGCCAGGAGUGCCGCUGCAAUGCGAGAACUACAGCAAAUAGAGGCCGCUGCUGCGGACGCUACUGCAGAUGGACUCCGCGGGGUGUCACAGAUGUUGCGCAGCACGGCAGGUGCAAACAAUAUGCAGUUGAUGCUUGCUGGGAAUGGCGACGACGUUCCGUCUCGCAUGGGCGGUGGCUCGAAGAUCAACGCCGUCAGUGUCAUGGACUCCAGCGCUCAUGGGGCUUUGUUGCCCUUCGGAAACUCUUUAGCUCCGGCUUUGGCUUCUGAUUCCGGGGCAUUUGGUGCUGUGAUGAACUUGUUGCCGCACUUGUUGACCCAAAGCGCUUCGGGCCGUCUGAUUCGAGAGGGCGACUUGAGGAAAGCCAGUUGGUCCGAUCCGGCGUUUUAUAGACCUUGGACGACAACGUCGAAUCCCACUACGCGCACCUUAGGGCGCAUUCGUGUGUCUGGUGAAAACGGUUCUCCCGAUGUCUCUCCCGGAGGUGGUGGACGCAAGACUAGAACCACAACUACAGAUGGAACUACCUCUUAUGCCGCCACCAGAGCUAGUAUGGCGGCUGCGAGAGGGAGCAAAGCGGUCGGUACGUCCCACCAAGGAGGCCUAAUCGCUCCAGGACGUGCUAGUAAUAUUAAGUUCGACUCUUCGGAACGACCUGUAAAUGGCGACGAGCAUCCCUUGCUCACUCGUGCCAACGCACCAGCAGGUGGCGUAGCAUCGUUUCGCAUCAAGCCGACGUGGCUGCGACGCCUGCGUGCUUUGGCCAAGGGCGUGGCUGAGCAACUGGGUGAUCACAGUGCCCUGCAUGCCGGAUUGCAGGAUGAGCUGCGACGGAUUGUCACAUCCUCACGCAAUCCAAGACUGUUGGCUGAUCCAACUCCGCAACUGCGUGCUUUCCACUUGAUCGACCGCAAAGUCUGGAUCGGCAAGACGAGCGGUUUAUUAGCCGGCGCUUCUGUGCAGCAAGGCACCAAGAAAAACUCGGCAGGCAAGAACGGUUCUGGCCCAUCGUCGCACGUCAGUUCCCAUAACGCCCUAGGUGGAGGCAACGCGAUGGCGACAGGAGAAACGGUGGAAACGGUCUUAAUUGCCAGCUGUGCGAACAGUGUCGAUGAUCCAGUGAGCCCUCUCAUCGCUAAUGGUCCUAGUUUGGAGGAGAUUCCGAUCUCUUCCAUCGAGUGUGUGGAGGGCGUGCGCCAAUUUGGGAAUCGUCAGAUGGGCUACUGCCUCGCUUGGCACGUGUAUAAGCACUUGGUGCACGAAUCUCUAGCAAGGGAGUUUGGAGCGGGCAUAAACCACAGGAAGGAUGACGGAGAGCGUGCUCCACAUCGUAUUAGCGUCACAAAGCGAAGUGAUAUUACUACUAGCGCCAAAAAUUUGGGCUGCAGCCAGCACUUGCUCUACGAAACCAAGAAACGAAGUGAUAUUGUCCACCAUCCGAUUGGCUUGCAGUCUCCUAGAAGCUCGGGUACUACGGGUCGUUCUCGUGGACCCGCCGGUGAGGUGGAUGCUGAGAAGGACGUGAAUGCCAGAGACAUUCAUGUCACGCCUGCGCAGUUGCACCUCAGCAAUAAUGGUCAACCUGGUCGUGCAGGUCCUCCAGCUCGUUUGGGCCCCACGAAGAUGCAAGUAAGCUUCGGCCUCGACGUGAAAUGGACCCAUGUUCGCAGAGAAAUGGCAGAAGCCGAUGUGAAAAUGAAGAAACCCUGUUUCGUCAUGGUUGUGAUCGACGACUGUGCUUUGUAUUUCCCGGGAUCGGGCGGAAAUCAGAGAAGUGCCUCUACUUCUGGAGUAGACGGCUCUGGCGCACAGACUGGCAUGUCCCGUUACGGGGUCAGCAGAAGUGUGGAGCCUAGUUGUAGUAUGAGAGGACCAGUAGGAGGCAAGAGCGUUCAUCGACAAAGUGAGCGUGCAGGUUCUUCUACUACCCGCCACUCAGGGAAGUCGAUUGGCGCAGCUAACCGCAAACUGCUGAACGCGAGUACAAUGAGCGCCUUCUUGGACCAAGAGUACGUCACUUUCAGCAACGUCCAAUUCAACGAGGAAAAGGAGUAUUUUCGCUUGUACCUCGUAGAUUUACGAGUCGCCUCGGCAGCAAGCGUCUACGAAGGCGAAGACAGUUUGUUGGCUUUUCUAGAGAAGCGGGCGUUCUUAGUUUCGAGGCCGAUGUCGUUUUACGAGUUAGCGAAUGCGCAGAUGCAGCGCGAGUUCUUCGCGGACGAAGCCGUUCCCAUCAAGUACGAGGUCUCUAGCAACUUGAAGAUCGACGCAUAUCGAGCUGCUGACGUCGCUAGAGGUGUCAAGAUGUUGAAGAAAGCAAAGAAACUAGGACGAGGAGAACUCAAUAGUAUGUCCUCUCCUGGAGCAGCAAAUGCAAAUAGUCUUCAUCUUAAACAGGCAAUGUUGAAGCCCUUGAUGAAGUUUCGCGCUGACGUCACUUGGUCUGAGAACGUGAGCGUCCGUAUUGCGAAUCGUGGUCGCGGAGAACUUUUACGUGCUUUACGGCAUGCUAGUCGCGGCGUCGUCAUCACCGAGCCUUUUACCGCGGUAAACCAAAAAGCCCGCAGUCAAAAAGACGACGACUUUGAGGACGACGACGUCGAAGAAGAAGAGACAGCGAUACAGGAUCAAAAUGCUUCUUCCACUGAUCCAGCUGCAGGAAACAACUUUUCUGGCAGCUCCAACCAGGACCUUCAAAACAAGAAGUCUACUCGCAAGAAAGCCAUGAUGCCUGAGAAUUUUUUGACCGCUCUAGGGCGGGAAAUUGGGAAGUAUGUGUAUUGGCGGAAGAGGCAUGAGGAGCUUGAGUUCGAGGUGGGGGAGGACCUGCGCAACGACGGCGACAGCGAUGAUGACGAUGAUGAACAAAUGCACUAUCCUGGAAGUAGUUCCUCGUCAUCUUGUAAGCAUCUUCUAAAUGGCCACGCGAAGUUGCUCAGUGCUGUGGCUUCUGCUAGAAGCGAAGGAAGUCGUAUUACGAAAACGAGUAAAUAUGAAGUAGUACAACUAGACGAUCAUGUGGCUUCGCCUGGCUCGAGCAAUGCGAACAACGUCGUCAAUCUGAGUUCUAUGGAGGAACAGCUGCCCAAGUCCAUGAAGAGCACCCCUUCUGACGAUGCUAGAGUUGGAGAUGUACUGAAUCAUCAUGCUGUUUCUGUAGUUGGGGAUCUGCAAGGAAGUGGUCGUCGAAAGUCCUCUAUGAAACUCCAUGGCACUGUGCAGGCAGCCAAACGCUUGCACGCCGCUGGCCAGAGGGCGCAAGCCAGAAUGCUGCAGCACGCGGCAAGGAAACCAUUGGAGGCGGAGACUGACGCGAACGAAAAAUAUUUCGAGCAAUAUGCUGAAAAAGAUGCAGCUUUUGAGAAAGAUGGACCACAAGGUCCUACUUCACGACAGGCGAGACCUUCCUCAAGCAGAAAGAGCUUGUCAAGGAAAAGUACUCAAGCGGCAAUGGGAGGCGGCAAGAAUGUUGACUUCUUGUACUUCCCGGACGCUACUUCUGCUGCCAAUUCCUCAGAGCCAGAUGAUGGCUCUGAAGAUCUGACAGCGGGAGACGUUUCGGAAUCGCCGAUAGGGGGUGGAGGUCCAAUGACUCAUCCUAAUGAGCACUUACACUUAGGAUCGGAACAACCUGAAUUUGAAGCUACAAUAGGUGCUGCUGUGGGUCUCGGUCAGAGUUCUUCUGUAGAUGAUGAUGAACAACCUGUAGGUUCUGUUUUGGGUUCGGGAGUGGAGGGAAACGCGAACUCUAGAAGCAGUAGAGCGCAAGCAGAAGCUAGUGCAUUUUUCACGAGUGGCAUCAAUCAGACUCUAGCACCAGAUAAUAUUAACGAUGAAGACGGUGAUGUGGAUCUUCCGGAUGUUGGGGCAGCGUCGUCACUACGUGCUAAAGCGAUAGAGGAUGACUUCGAAAAGAACAGAAACAACGUAAUCAGACGACCGAUACCACCAGGACAACAGACUAAGGAUAAGGAUAAUAGCACUUUAGCAGAGCAGCAGCAAGUUGCUGUUGGGGAGGAGGAUAAGACUGAGGACAAGACUGAGGAUGACAGUACUAGUAAGAGUAUCAUCAACACAGCCAGUUUCAGUCAAAAUCGAACUGUGAAGAGCAGCCGAAAGUCCCAAAAAGUUCACGUUGAAGAACUCCGAAAUCAGUCAAUCGACAACUACGUGGAGCAUUCGCAAAAUCAGCGUCCUCGCACCUUGUUUCAACAUGUCCUUAGAGAAGGCAGAAACGAAAAGAUGCGCACUGGUAUUCGCAGUUUCCUGAAAAGGAUGAAAGCACAAGGCUACCGGCUGCCAGACGCCUUAACGCAUCCAACUGGCGGCAACCCAUUCCCGAAAAAGCAUCAUGCAAAAACUGGCGGCAAAAGCCGACACCAGAAAAGAAGCCAUAAGAGCAAGCAUGUGAAAUCUCCACUGAUUCUAAAAGGCGAGAAAAACACAGAGCAAUUCAAGGACCCCAAGGAUGCGGUUGGCAGUGACGAAGAUUUUGAACUGCGUAAAAAACAUAUUGUACCUUGGAAAUAUGGCGGAAAAGACAAAUUCCGAUCCUCCGACCAAGCGUUCGACUUUUCCGACAUGUUUGCGUAUUCUCAUCAAGGCAAGAUCUCCAAAGGACGACGAAAAGGAGGUUCGGACUCCAGUUCAGGCUCCUCCUCCGAUAGUGAUUCAAGCUCAGGCUCUGGCGUUGGUUCUGACGUCGUAGAAGAAGGUAGCUCGUCCUCUAGAGAUGAAGAUGGGGAAGGGAUCAUUACGUCUAGUGACGACUAUAGUGGCAGAUUCACCAAGUUCUUGUCCUCUUCCCCUACCAAGAAGGGCAAAGCAGGUAAAGGAGAGAACAGACGAGGUAAAGAUCGUUCUGGAGCUGACUCAGGAGAUGAAGGUGGAGAAGGUGAAGGUGCUGGGUCCUCCUCUUCUGGAGACGGAAAAGGAGAACAAGGAAAUACUUCUAAGGGCACUGGUAGGCGCAAGAAAAAGGACAAGCCGAUGGCUCGAAACAGUCAACUCUUGUCCUAUCGCGUCCUCCGUCAAAACGCGUUAGCAGCAGCUAGAGUAUCGUCGAAAAAAGGUAAGGGAGGGAAAAAGGCUGGCGGAAAAGGUACGUGGAAUGCUGAGGAUAGUGGUGCUGAGGAGCGAGGUUCUGGCAGUGAAGAACAGCACGGGAAUUCUGAGGAUGAUGAAAAGGCGCGACGCAUGCUCACAGCGGAGAUGAGAAAACUCUCCCAGAGGCAUCUAUCUCCUGCGCAGAAAGCUUACAUUCGCGAACGCAUUGCUUUGCUGGUCGAAAACGGCAUUCUGGAAUCCCUUCCCAGAUCCCUGGAGAAUAACGAGUACGUGGAUCAGAUCAAAAUAGCUCUUCGUGUAGACGAUGACGAAGCUGCUGCAGGAGGCAAGAAGGGAACCCUUGCCAGUGCGCAGAGGAAAUUGAAGCAGUUUGAUUAUCAGCGGUUCUUGGAAGAGGAAAGAACGCGUGGGUUUUCUACAACGGAUUCGGAGUUGAUGUACGAAUCCCUGGAGGGCACCGACAGCAGCUCUUCUGAAGACGAGAAGGAAGGUCACGGGGGCAACAAUCGGAAACGAGGCGACGGUACAGGUACUGACAGUGACGAGAGUUGUUCAGCUGACAUCGGAAGUGACGAAGACAAUGAACUGAGCAGAAAAUCGAAAAAGAAAAGGAAAAAGAGUAGUGGACAUCAUGCAGUGACCUUUGACUCUCUACCCCUACCACAAGCAGCGGUAGAACUGAUCCGAUCGUCUGACGACAUCGACAAAAACGCCAGGCAAUUGCUCCAACUGGACUUUCAAUUGGUGGAAGUUCUGCUGGUUAUCAACACAAGCCCGGACGCCUUAACGGCUGCACGCGUCGCUGCAGAAUCGGUCAAGGUGGAGCAGUCGUCCUCGGAUAUUAGAAGAGGACCCGCGCAAGUCGGCACCGGAGCUGGAGCCUCUGCAGGGGAAUCCUCAGACAGCAAGCAGCCAGCGAACCUCUUCUCUCCAGAGAACAAGUCUGAAAACCGAAAAGUCAUAGGCUUACUCGGAACACCACAGGCUUUGGAAGGACUUCUAGCGGUCUUAGCAAGAAAGCACAUUCCAGUCUGGAACAAAUUUGUGGUACCUGGAUACUCACCGAAAGUCGACGAUCUGGAGCGGUACUUUGAUGACCAGGGUGCAACGUUUUACCGCGAAAUCGCGCACACAGCGCCAGAUGCCGCGUACUUGUAAGGCUUAGGGUUUUCAGUGUGAUGAAAAUUUAGGACUUAUAUCGGACAGAGUAGAGCUGAUCUUAUGAUAUGGUAUGGACGUAGAAAAAACAUUUCCCUAUUAUAAGGAGGUGUUCUCAACAAUGAAACAGUAAAAGAACUAACAAGACUCAGAGGGCAGCAGAGGUAAAACAAGUACUACAACUAGCUAGCUCGCUGCAUCAGCCAGAAUGGAAAUUCGACAUUUCUCAUUCAUUUAUUCACACUACAUGGGGGAAAGAGACCCAAGAAAGCAACUAAGCAGAUUUGAAAGUUGAAAGAAACUAAAAAGUCUACCUCUAGUACAACCCUCUUUUUUGAAAUUCUACCUACGGAGACAUCAAGAUCGCAAGGCCCAACACGAUCGCGCACCAGCUACAUUUGAAUACUGUGUUGUAAUUUAAACAAGAAAUUCUUGUACGAAAAAUUUGAUUCCGUAGUGUUGUCUACGAUGACUACUUAGACAAAAUGAUUCACAGCAGUGGCACACGCAGGACAUACAUCAAAGGAUACUCUAAGAAUAUCAAUGUCAUCUUCAGGAUUUUUUUUGGGAUAAUUCAUUUCAUCAUCUAUCACACUAACAAUAACAGUUGUAACAAAAAGAAGCUAAAGUAGCUGUAGCUGUAGUAGGAUUAUCAAGAAUACUAAGUAAAAGCAUGAGCAUGUGAGGUGAAUCUUCUGUAUAUCAAUCGUUUGGGGAUUAACAAUAAUAACAAUACCAUAUGAUCUUCUUGAACGCUGUUGUAUUACAAAUGUUGUAUAGGAACGACUAGCGAAUCCGACGUGGAACCAUUGUACAAUACGCAUAAGGAAUUG